AACUUUUUGCAGUAAUUAUUCACAAGGAAGGUGUGCAAAAUCAGUUGUCGAAAGGCUCGUCUGUUUUAACAUCUAUUGAUGAAAGAAAUCUAUAUAAAGAUUAUCUUAGAUCGAGUCAAGCAAUCAGUCGAUCGCGAUCCUUCACUCGUUGCUCAUGCGUCGAAGUUACAAACAAAUAAAUAUUACGAAAUUCAAACAGAAAACUGUCGACCAUCCAUUGAAUAGAACACCUCAUAAAUCCGAGAGAGGAGUACCGAAGACCUGUGAGGCAAAGGCUUCUUCGUUCAAUAUCUGAGAACAUGGGCGUUGGGGACUUAGUCACUCGAUGGUGGUGGGGCGGAGACCCUGAUGAGAGGAACAAAGUCUCCGGCAUGUCACUGAGGGAUGUUCACAAUGUGCAAAAAUCUUGGGCUGUCAUUCAAGCCAAUUCCAAUGGAAACGGAUUCCUGAUGUUUUUUAGGCUCUUCGAAGCAGAACCAGAAACGAAGCUGUUCUUCAAGAACUUGGCCCACAUCCACACUGAAGCAGAAAUGUCUUCGAACGUCAGUUUUAGAGCUCACAUCAUCAACAUUAUGUCUUCCUUUGACAACUCUAUUCAGAACCUGGACAAACCCGAGCUGGUGGUAGCGUGGAUGCAGAAACUCGGUGACUCGCAUCGAAGACAUCGAAUUGAGAAACGGCAUUUCCAUGUAUUCAAAGACGUGCUGGUGACCAUUCUGCAGAAGGACUUGAAACUGGACCCUCAGGUAGUAGCAUCCUGGGAUAGGUACGUCGAGUUCAUAUACGAACAUUUGCUCUCGAGGUUGGCUUCAUAAACUACAUAAAAAACUUUAAAACAAACAGCGCAGUGGUGGAAUUUUCAUCGGCUAAGCAAAUUUUUACGGAGUUUUAUUUUUGUAAGCACUAAUGGCCAGUUUUAAGUACCUUUGGUAAAAAUGGAUACUAGAUAUAAAAUUUUGAUAAUAAACUUUAUAUAAA